UUAGAAAUAAAUUAACACGGCCCUCUCUCUCUCUCUCUCUCUCUCUCUCUCCGGCAAACUAAUCAAGGGGACUUGAAUUGGGGUGGUGGUGGAGGAGUUACAGUCGGCCAUGGCGGGUGAGAAGGAACGGGUGGGUGUGAAAGAGGAAUUCGAAGUGAAAAUCGAGAGGAGAGAGAAAGCGGACGGGGGGGUGAAAGAAGAGGAGGAAGAGAUCAAGGUGAGAUCUGCGGAGAAAAUCAAGUUGGAGAAAAAAGAGGAGGAGAAGAAGAAGAAGAAGAAGAAGGAUAAAGGUGGAGAAGAAAAGGAGAAGAGCAAGAAGGAGGAGGAGGACGAGGAGAAGGUGGAGCUAAAGAAAGAGCCGAAGGGCGGGGAAGAGGUGAAGAAGAAAGGCAAGGAAAAGGGUAAAGAUGCAGAGUCCAAAGACAAGAAGAGCAAGAAGAAGAAAGAGAAAGAUGAGGAGGGGGAGGGUGAUGAGACCAAGGCGAAAGAGAAGAAGAAGGACGAGGAGGAGGAGGAGAAAGACAAGGAAGGAGAAGUAGAGAGAGAGGAGGAAACAAGGAAGAACAAAGAUGAAAAAUCGAAGACGAAGAAGGACGAGGUCAAGGAGGGAGACAAGGAAAAGGAGCCCAAGGACAAGAGCAAGACCAAGAAGAAGAAGGAAGAGAGAGACGAGGAUGACGAGGCUGAGGACGAGGCCAAGGAGGAAGAGAAGAAAGAGAAAACGAAAGACAAAGAUGGUGAGAUUAAGGACAAGAGCAAGAAGAAGGACAAGGAUGAGAAGGAUGGAGGAGGGGAAGGGAAGGCUGAGAAAGAGGAGAAAGCGAAGAAGAGUAAAGAUGAAGAGAAGAAGAAGAAGAAGAAGGACAAGGAUGGAGAAAAGAAGGAAAAGGGAAAGGAAAAGAAAACCAAGGAUGAAGACUUGGAGGAAGAGGCCCAAGUUAAGAAAGAAGAAUGCAAGUCUAGAGAUCUCAAAGUAGAGGUUGGAGAAGAGUCGAAGGAUGAGAAAGAGAAGGGGGGGAAGAAGAAAGAGAAAGAUAAAGCGAAGAAGAAGGAGAAAAGCGAGGAGUCUAGGGACGAAGAAGCAGACGAGGAAGACGAUAAAAAGAAGGAAAAGGGCGAGAAGAAGAGGAAGAAGCAAGAUGGUAGGGAGAAGCCGCAAGAUGCUGCGAAGCUGAAGCAGAAGCUAGAAAAGAUCGACACACAGAUUGAAGCUUUACGGGCAAAGAAAGCAGAUAUCCUCAAGAUGAUGCAAGGAGCUGAAAAGGUUCAGGCAGCGGAGAGCACGAAAGAGGAGGCCAAUGCUGAGGGAGGUGCUCAGUAAAUAUGCACGCAGCUUGUGUGUUUGUGUUUUGGUGAAAGAAGUAGCUCUUUUCCCCCGUAAUCUGAUGUACAAGCAUAAGACCAUAUAAGCUGAGAAGUUCUGUAUCCUAAUAACACCGCUGUGUAGAAUAAUGACUAGGGUAAAGCAGCGUGUCUGUGUCCCUUUUUCCAGCU